UCCCUUCAUAUCAAAUCCAUCGUAGUUUAUCGCCCGUCGUAUCAACCCCUUGAUUAAAUUUUCGGUACUUUAUUCUGUCAAUACUUGGUUUUAUAAAGCUAAAUGUUGACACGGCCAUCGUUCUUAAUUCGACGGUCAUUCGUCCAACAACAAGAACAAUACACAAGAGCCAUUUCCACGUGCAAUCAAGCAAUAGAUAACGUGCGAUUACACAAUGACCGUGUCAAUGCCUUUGUUGCUGUCGAGGAACACCGGACCUUACAGGAUCUCGGAAACCAAUCAGCUCAACGACAAAAUCAAGGAACAUCCUUAGGGCCUUUGGAUGGAGCACCGAUCGGUAUCAAGGAUAACUUUUGCACAAAGACACUACCUACAACCUGUGGGUCGAGAAUUCUGGAAGGAUUCACCUCACCUUAUGAUGCUACAGUUGUCCAGCGGUUAAGGAAAGCAGGCGCUAUCAUUAUGGGCAAAACAAAUAUGGACGAGUUUGGCAUGGGAGCGGCCAAUAUCUUUAGUCAUUAUGGAACGGCAGUCAAUCCCCACGACAAAACUAAUCACGAUGGAAUCAAAAGACGAGUGGCAGGCGGUUCUUCGGGCGGAAGUGCAGCUGCUGUAGCUUCUGGGAUGUGCAUCGCUGCAUUAGGCUCGGAUACAGGUGGUUCUGUGCGAUUGCCUGCCUCUUAUUGUGGUGUCGUUGGUUAUAAGCCAUCCUAUGGUCGGUGCUCAAGACAUGGAUUAGUGACAUAUGCCAAUUCUUUAGAUACCGUUGGCAUCUUAGCUCAGGAUGUGUCAAGUGCUCGACUAGUCUACGAUGCCAUUUCUAGCUAUGAUGCUCAAGAUCCUACAUCCAUGCCAGAUACCUUUAGGAAACGUAUAGAUGUCGCGGAUCAAGAAUUAGCUUUACGCUGGUCUCCUUCCACAGCCGAUGAUUUAUCAGGGCUAGUAGUUGGCGUACCUCAAGAGUACUAUGUAGAUCCUUUGUCUGCGGCUGUCGUAGAUAUUUGGCGCGACGGCAUUCGAUUUUUCGAAGAACGAGGGGCAUCGAUCGUACCUGUCUCUUUACCAAUGACAAGGUUCGCUCUUCCGGCAUAUUUCACCAUUGCAUUGGCAGAAGCAAGUUCCAAUCUGGCACGUUAUGAUGGUGUUCGCUAUGGGCGUCGUAGCAAGGCUGUUUUAAAGCAAGAAGAUGGGUUUCUCUAUGCAGACACAAGAGCAGAAGGAUUUGGUUCUGAAGUCAAACGUCGCAUUAUGUUGGGCACACAUCUAUUAACAGCAGGGACCUAUGACAAGACCUUUUUACCUGCGCAAAAAGCACGAAGACUUGUUCAACAAGAUUUUGAUGGUGUAUUUAGCCAAGCCAAUGUACUACAAAAGUCAUCAGGAAUGCAACAAAUGGAUGGUGGCGUCCACGUGCUCUUGACACCCUGCGCCAUGUCGCCAGCACCAACAAUAGAAGAUUGUCUGCCUGAUUCGGAUAACAAGGAUGGCACUAUAGAAAAACACAACGGGGCGGUGGAUACAUAUGUGAACGAUGUCAUGACAAUUCCUGCAAGUCUUGCCGGUAUUCCUGCAAUCAGUGUACCGUUUGGACAAUCGGAAGGCUUCCCAGUAGGGCUUCAGCUCCUAAGUCAGUAUGGAUACGACCAGUUUUUGUUGAAAAUGGCAGAGAUUUUGACCAUUGCUACGAAAUAAAGCAUCCAAUCCAACAGACUCGUGAUACGACUUGAUUAUUCACACGGUUUUUCUGUUCUGCCAGUGACGCUAUGUAAUUAAACACAAAGAAAAAGCUUCGAUUGAGCGUCAUCAUUGCCAUCAUGUUACACGUUUUGUUAAAUAUCGGAUUUCGAUUUCAAGUAAUAGAUGGCAUCCCGUUUUUUUAACAUGGCGGAAUUUGACUUUCAACUUUCAACUUGGCGCUCGAGAAAAUAACGGAUGACAGACGAUGCUUUUAACACGGCGCAGAGUUUUUCUCAACUUGGUGUCUAAUAAUUUCCAUGAUGGCGCCUACUACUUUUCAUGAUGGCGUCCCUUUUUAUUAUCAUGGCGGUCCAAAUAUCUUUAAUAAUAUUACUGUAGUUGCAGAAGAAGCUGAUGAAAGUCAAGUGCCGUUCAAUUAUCCUAAAAUGGAAAAGGCCUUUGCCAUCG